AUGUCAAGUUCAGAAAAGCGAUUGAAGAGAUCCAAAGAGAAAACAGAAAGCCAAAGAAAAGAAAAGCAUACACAUAACUCAACCCAUCCCGUUGGUUGGAUGAGGAGACACGGCGUUUCAAACAUGCAAAGUGGUAUUUCAUCAAGCGCCUUUGUCCGAAAUGAGAAAAAAGGUCCGUCAACGCCGAGAGAUGUGGUGAGAAGCAGAAGAUGA